GUAUAAUGAAAUUGACUUCGUGAUGUUUUUGAUAUUAUAGAAGUUAAGUACUUCGAAAUCAGAAGUCCUAAAACUUCGUUCGCGGUUCAGUGAAAUGCCCAUGUAUUUUGAUAACCUCUCACCGUCGCAGUGAAUGAAACCUCGCUCUCAACCCAGAAAAGUUAGGUCGGUAGGUCAUUGAUCCAUUUCUCAGUGGCACUGAGCAGCCCACUCGGAAAUGGAGGCGAUCACUUCCAUUGUUCCAUUCUCCUUGUCGCCGGGGGUCGCAGAAAGGCUAUUAGAGGUUGCCAAAGAUUGGAUCUCGUUAAGGAGGGAGGAAUAAGUGGCGUUUCCAUUUGGGUUCGCAACGCCAGCUCGAGCGGCUUCAUCUCUUUGAUUGCCUUGCUUGGGAAACAAGAACACCUUCCUUAAUCUUGCAAUCUUCCAUGUCGGAUGGCCUCACUGGUCCCGGGUGUACUCAUCAAGCUGCUCCAGCACACGAAUAGGGAUGCCAAGGUUGCCGGCGAACAUCGGUCUUCGCUCCUUCAGGUUGUGAGUAUUGUUCCUGCUCUUUCCGGAACAGAUUUCUUUACCAGCAAAGGCUUCUACCUCAAGGUCUCUGAUUCUACCCACGCAACAUAUGUUUCCCUGCCUGAUGAGCAAAAUGAACUCAUCUCGAGCGAUAAGAUCCAACUAGGCCAAUUCAUUCUUGUUGAUCGCAUCAAGGCAGGCUCCCCUGUGCCCAUUCUUAAGGGGGUGAGACUGCUCCGGGGCCGUCACCCUUGUAUCGGAAACCCUGAGGAUCUCAUUGCCACCAGUUCACUUGGUUUCCUUGAUCCAGAGAAACCAAAGCCAACCACUGAAUCAAAGUGUAAUCGUAAAGCAUCUUCAGAUAAUGAAAAGAGCAAGUUAGGAAACUAUAGGACAUCUGUUAAAACACAAGAAGCACAAAAGAAAAGGGCUUCCCUCAGUAGGUUGGAGGCAUCACUCCCUAAACAACUGGCUAGUUGUCAAUCGGAGAAGAAGGAUGCUUUCACUGUGAGGUCAAAACCAAUGAACUCAAGUCCACCUUUUUGCUCUUUGCCUACAUCAUUUAAAAAGUUCUCCGAUGAAAUUAAGAAUCAAGCACGAGCAAAAGGAGAACAAAAAUCAUCAUCAAGGUUUGGUCUCUUGGAAAAGGCAACCUCUGUCUUGAAAGUGAACACAGCUGGUAGGAAACCUUCUGCUGGGAACUUCUUAAGAAAUUUGGUGCCAACCAUUGGGCUAGGAUCCAAAGCACUACGAAAGAGUUGGGCAGGGAAUAUGGAGCCAAAGAGAAGGGAUAGUUCUACCUCGAAGACAACAAAUUUUGAUAGAAUAACUGAAACUAGACGUGCUUCUGUUCCUCUACAGAAGUUAUCAACAAAUAGGAAACUGGCAACUAAGGAGGACAUUAAGAUCCAAUGCCCUACAAAGAGGAGCACUACAAAUACUAGAGCAGAUGAUUCAGAUAAAUCAUCUAAAAAGGACACUUCUAAGACAAAGAAACCUUCAGAAACCGCAAACACUAUAAAUCUCUCUAACUUAGUCAAAGUUGUUCCUGCUAGUAAAAGAUGGUCAGAUGGCACUGUUUCAUGGGCAUCUCUUCCAUCAUCUCUAUCAGAACUAGGAAAGGUGCUCUUGAAGUAUAGAGAUGCUGCUAAACUAGCUGCCGUUGAGGCCUUACAAGAAGCUUCUGUUGCAGAGAGUUUGAUCCAGUGCUUAAGUAUGUAUGCAGAGCUCAAUACCUCUGCAAGGGGAGACAUCCCACAUCAGGCGGUGGAGCAGUUCCUCCGCCUUCACGCCUCCCUCUGUAGUGCCGCAAGCAUCGCUGAUGGCCUCACCAACAGAAGAUCCCAAGCAAUGGCGGUAACAUCGCCGGAUCAGCCCACGGUCGGUGACUUGAUCCUGGACGAAGCAACAAAGGCCUUCGCCGAGAAUCGCCGCCGCGCCACCUCCUGGGUCGCUGCAUCUCUCUCGACCGAACUCUCUGAUUUCACCCUCUACAGCCACAAGACCCCGACCACCGCCUCACCGGUAGCAGUGGUCCUCGAGCGUCCGUUGAAGACCGCCCCGGUGCCUCCCUUGAAAGCAUCCCUUCCGUCGAAAUGGCGCCUGUCUUCGGACUAUGCUUCUGUUCGCAGGGGAAAGGUCCGCGCCGCUGUGGCGGCGCUGCCUUCGCAGCCUCUGGAGUGGGAGCGCGGGGGAGGGCUCGUGGUGGAAGUGGAGAUUGCGCGCAAACUUAGGGAGGAGGCGCGGGGGUGGUUCUUAGGGUUCGUAGAGCGGGUACUCGACGCUGAUGCGACCGCGCUGGAGCCUUCGAGAAGAAACCAGGUGACCGCGAUGCUCCCGCAGAUGAAGAAGGUGAACGAUUGGCUGGAGGCCUGCGGGAGCCGAAGGCAGAAAAUGGCAGCGGAACCAGAAAGGCAAAGAAUAAACAAUGACGAAGAGGUAGAAGAAACGAUCGAGCGGCUGAGGAAGAAGAUCUACAAAUACCUCCUUGCCCACGUCGAGUCCGCCUCCGCCGCUCUCGGUGGCGGAAGCAAGGUCGCGGCAGCGAAGCCGUGGCAGGCUAGCAAAGAAUGGAGGCGAUGACACGCCCAUCCAACGUCGUGGCGGAUCCUUAUUGGACAAAAAAAUGGGUGCGUCAGUUAUUGGGGCACACUUCAUCCGAUCCCUGGUGCAGUCAGUGGGCCCAUUGGGCAUCCAAAAUAUUUCGAGUCAAAAAUUUAUUGUAAAGAAAAAAAAAAUAUUCUUGUGAGGAAUAGAAAUAGAAAUUUGCUGAAGAUUAAUAUUUCA